AGUAAGUGCGUCCACUUAUAUCAGUGCAUUCAUAACAGCCUAACCAUUGCUAAACUUCUGUUCGACCAAAUAAGCCUCAUGUAGCAAAUUAACAAUUACAUUUUAAGGUUGACCAAAUUCGACACUCAUUGACCGCCAUUAAAAAAAAAUCAUAAUUUUGUGGUGGUUUUAUUUUCGUGGACAGAUUUUGGGCGGAAGUAAACCCUCUCGCUUCGCCUCUUCCUCGCUGUUCGGACACCCAGCGAUUAUUCAAAGUUUAGUAACAUUUGGAAUUGUUUUACUAUCAAGGGGUAGUUAUCGAACAUUUAAUUCGGGAAAAGAGAGCAGCGUUGUGAUGGCGAAGAGGAUCGCUGACAAAGAGCUGACCGACAGGAACUGGGAUCAGGAGGAUGAAGGAGAGGAGCAGGCAGGGACGUUUUCCAUCGCUAGUGAUGAUGUCAUGAAGAGCAGGCCCAUCAAGAAGGCCAAGCGUCGGGCUGCUGGUUCAGAGGGGCAGAGUGGAGGAUCGUUCAAAGGGUUUAAAGGGUUCUCCCUGGCCCCUCCGUCGGGAACCGGGCCAGCCACGGGGGGAAUCACGGCCUUCUCCGGGUUCGGGAAUGGGGCAGGGUUCAAACUGUCCAAUGGGAACAGUGUUACACCCGUCACUCCAGCCUUCACCGGGUUCGCCUCGCCUGCUGCCACCAAGACCACCACACCUGGUUCAUUAACAUUCAGCGGCCCCCCCUCCAGCGGUGACAUCACAGAGCAGCAGCCUAACGGUUCCUCCCCCGUGGUUUCCAGUCUGUCUCUGAGCUCCGGCUCCUGUACCUCCUCUGACAACCAGGAGUACAGGAAGCAGCUCACAGCGCUCAACUGCUCGGUCAGGGACUGGAUCACCAAGCACGUCAACAGGAACCCUCUCUGCGACCUCAACCCCAUCUUCAGGGACUAUGAGAAGCACCUGGCCAGCAUCGACAAGAAGUACGGAGGGGCUGGAGGGAGUGGCGCUGUGGCUGGGGGCUCGGCGAGCGGUAGCAAGGCAGCAGCACCGGAGGAGAAGCAGCCAGCCGGUACCACACCCCCCUCCUCCUCUAGUACCGCCGGCUCGGCAGCCACAGCUCCACUCUUCUCCUUCAGUAAGGACAAGGACGGCACCGCUCCAGCCUCGGAGAAAAGCUCCAGCGCCGCUCCUGCUCCGCUCCCCGCUGGCAUCAGCUUUAACUUGGGCCAGAAGGGGUCCCUGAGCUCUGGAGGAGCUCCUAACGUCUCCUUCUCCUCCUCCUCCUCCUCUUCCUCCUCCCUGUUUGGAGGCACCUCUCUUCCUAGCUUCUCCUUCAGUGGGGCCAAGGCUGAGGCUGUCCCCACCCAGACAACAG